AUGUUGAAAAUGCGUUUUUCUACUGUUUUUUUGUUUAUGGUGAUUGUAAUAAUUUCAUUUCUCAAUGAGACAGAAGCAAGACGAAAGAUUCUUAGGGGAAGAAAAACCAUUACUAGGACAUAUUAUAAAUCGUUAGGAAUACCUGCUUGGUUGUCAAUCACAUUUACUGGACUCAUCAUAUUAGGAAUUUCAGGAAUAAUUUUUGCUGUAUUACAAAAAUUUAUUAUAAUUAAUAACCAACCUCCACAACAAACGCCUUCCUCUGUACCACUUACCACAUCUUAGAACUCUUAACACAUUAAUGGUUUAACAAUCUUUAUAAUUUUAAGUAAGACAAAAUCUUUAUUAAUAGUUUUACUAAAACAUAUAAUUUCACUAUUUUUUUAAU